AUGGCAGAGGACUCCGAUCAUCACCGCUUUCACCACCACGAACCGGCGACUCAGUCUCAACAACAACCACCACCACUAAGGCCAAUUGCCAGCAACACUGUGAGGGUCCAUCAAGAACAAGAAAACCAAUAUGAUGAAUUCUAUCGACAAGGCUCAAAUUUGCUCGAUUUUGAUUCAUUGGAACUACCAAGUAAUUCCAAUUCCUCUUUCUUUAUUCCCGAUGAGUACAACACCACCACCGAUUUCAGGUUCGAUUUUAAUGUAGAACAAGAAAACUGGGGCUGCGGAUAUGCGGAUUCCUUACCUCGCCGAAAUCGCUGUUUCUGCGGUGAAGAGGAAUGCGAUGACCCGAUGAAUUUCGUUACCGAUCUGUUCGAGACCCGCGAAGUCCAUGUUCUGAAUGACCAAAUCUGGGAUUUCGAUUCAGGUCCGGCGGAGGAUCCGGGGAUGGAAUUUGGGUUCGGUCCGCGUCUUGGGUCCGAUGCAGACCCUUCUGCAAUUGUGGUUGGUGUUGUGGGCCCGAAUUUGGAGUCCGAUUCCGGUGAAAUUGAGUUAAAUUCUGGGUUUAUUGUCAAUGAUGAAGAUAAUUAUGAUAGCUUUGGGGUCAAUGAUUAUCGUAUUACUGAAAAUGAAAGAGAAGAGUUUGAGUGCGAGGAGGUCGAUGAAAGAACCCAAUUUGACGAGAGAGAGAAUUUUGAUUCCGUUAUUGAUCGUAUCGGGGGAAUCUUGGUUUCUUCAAAUGUUCCAUCCCCGGAAGGUGAGAAUUCAUUUUUAGACGAAGUAGAAGACGGAGUAGAAGAAGAAGACGAAGAAGAAAACUAUGUACAGUGGGAAGUGCUCAUGACAGUGAAUAAUUUGGAUAGGGAUUCUGGUUUUGAGACCCCGGAAGAACAUAACCAUGGGAGUGAAGUUGCUCGUUUUGAUCUUUCAGAUGAUUUUAUUAUGACUAUGGAACAACUGGCGGAGAAUGCGAAUGCUUUAAAGUUUGGUCGUCCUGCAUCAAAAUCUGUGGUGGAGAAUUUGCCUUCAGUAGUGUUGACAGUAGACGAAGUACGGGAGAACAAUGAUGCGGUUGUUUGUGCAGUUUGUAAGGAGGAUGUUGCGGCUGGAGAGAAGAUGACUAGAAUGCCUUGCUUCCAUCUUUAUCAUGGUGACUGCAUUUUGCCAUGGCUUGAGAUCAGGAAUACAUGCCCGGUUUGUAGGUACGAGUUGCCCACAGACAAUGCAGCUUACGAGAAGAGGCGGAGCAAUAGGGGUGGUGAUGGAGUUGCUGGUCGCUUAGUCGAUGAUUUCAGGUGA